AUGGACCCGGGGCAGCAGAGCUCAUCACCAAAACCCUUCAGCGAUGAAGAGACGCAGCUGUUCUACAACAUCAGAGACAGCAUGGAUGAAACCUUCCGGCUCGCCAACGCGGUUGGGAAGGUGGGACUCUGGGAGGAAGUAUCCAGGAGACUUGAAGCGUUUAAGCAUCAUCGGAGCCCCCAGGAAUUGGAGGAGAAGUUCGGUCAGUACAGGCCCAAGAGACCAAGGAAGGAGCGCAAGCGCGCGGUGCCGGCGAACGAGCAGGAACAAGCUCAGUGCAGCAGCGCCCCGCAGCAGGAUCGGCAGCAGCAGGCCGAAGACCGGCUUGCGCAUAGCCAAGGAGUUGAGGCGGCGAGGAAGAAAGUCUUAGAGAAGAUCGACCUCAAUGCUUUCUUCUCUGAGGGAACUAGCUGGAAAGAUGCGGUAAUGUCAUUGAGGCAACGUUAA